AUGGCCCUGCUCCGUCCAGCCGGCAGCCUCUGGGGAGAACUGGCACAGCUGGAGAAGAAGGGACACACACCUCCAUUCAGCCUGGCCCCGCCCCCGGGGGUUGGGGCAGGGGUGCUGUCCCCUGCCCAGUGGGUUGAUAAGACCAGUCCCUCUGGCCCCUCCGGUGUGACACUGCUGUCCCUGUUGCCACCAACCAUGAAGGUCCCCACUGGCCCAGUCUUUGCGCUCUGUAGCCUGCUGCUGCUGCUGUUGCUGCUACAGGUCCCUGGUAGCCAUGGCCUCGUCCCUCAGCCCAGAGGGCACCUCUGCCGGACACGCCCCACGGACCUUGUGUUUGUCGUUGAUAGUUCCCGCAGCGUGAGACCCGUGGAGUUUGAGAAGGUGAAGGUGUUCCUGUCUCAGGUCAUCGAGUCACUGGAUGUGGGGCCCAAUGCCACCCGAGUUGGCUUGAUUAACUAUGCUAGCACCGUCAAGCCUGAGUUCCCACUUCGGGCCCACGGCUCCAAGGCUUCGCUGCUGCAAGCUGUGCGCCGCAUCCAGCCGCUGUCCACUGGCACCAUGACUGGCCUGGCCCUGCAAUACGCCAUCACCAAGGCCUUGAGUGAUGCCGAAGGUGGGCGUACCAAAUCCCCCGACAUCAGCAAGGUUGUCAUCGUGGUGACUGAUGGGAGACCCCAGGACAGCGUGCGGGACGUGUCUGCACGCGCGCGGGCCAGCGGCAUCGAGCUGUUCGCUAUCGGCGUGGGCCGCGUGGACAAGGCCACGCUGCGACAGAUCGCCAGCGAGCCGCAGGAAGAGCACGUGGAUUACGUGGAGAGCUACAAUGUCAUGGAGAAGCUGUCUAAGAAGUUCCAGGAGGCCCUCUGUGUGGUGUCAGACCUGUGUGCCACAGGGGACCAUGACUGUGAGCAGGUGUGUGUCAGUUCUCCAGGCUCCUACACCUGUGCCUGCCACGAGGGCUUCACCCUUAACAGUGAUGGAAAGACCUGCAAUGUCUGCAGUGGCGGUGGGAGUGGCUCAGCCACCGACCUGGUCUUCCUCAUUGAUGGAUCCAAGAGUGUGCGGCCUGAGAACUUUGAGCUGGUGAAGAAGUUCAUCAACCAGAUUGUGGACACCCUGGAUGUGUCAGACAGGCUGGCCCAGGUCGGGCUGGUGCAGUACUCAAGCUCAAUACGCCAGGAGUUCCCGCUUGGCCGCUUCCACACCAAGAAGGACAUCAAGGCGGCUGUGAGGAACAUGUCCUACAUGGAGAAGGGCACCAUGACUGGCGCUGCCCUGAAGUAUCUCAUAGAUAAUUCCUUCACUGUGUCCAGCGGGGCAAGGCCUGGCGCCCAGAAGGUGGGCAUUGUCUUCACUGAUGGCCGGAGCCAGGACUAUAUUAAUGACGCUGCCAGGAAGGCCAAGGAGCUCGGCUUUAAGAUGUUUGCGGUGGGCGUGGGCAACGCCGUGGAGGAGGAGCUGAGGGAGAUCGCGUCUGAGCCGGUGGCCGACCACUACUUCUACACAGCCGACUUCAAGACCAUCAAUCAGAUCGGCAAGAAGUUGCAGAAGAAAAUCUGUGUGGAGGAAGACCCGUGUGCUUGUGAGUCCAUAGUGAGAUUUGAGGCCAAGGUGGAGGAUCUGCUGCAGGCCCUAACCAGGAAGCUGGAAGCUCUGAGCAAGCGGCUGGCUGUCCUGGAGAACAGAAUCGUCUAACAGCUCCCGUGGCCUUGGCAUCUUCCACCCAACGUGCGGCUCACAGAGUCCUGGGAAGGUCCUCUGUAGCUGGAGUUAGUCUGGCUUCGAUGCAGUAGCGAGGUAGCCUGGGGAGAAGGACCGUAGGUCUCCCCCAGCCUCUGGUGUCCUAGGGCUGAGAGCAGGAGGGGAUGCGUGCUUGUGCCUACUGGGAGUGUGUGAUGAUAUCUGUGAGAAUGUGUGUGCCCGAGCAUGCUCACGUGUAUCUGGGAGCAGGGACGUGUGCCCAGGUGGAAAUGCAGAAAAUGGGUGUGUGAGAGACGAUGUGUGCACCUUUUUUUCCCCGACCAAAAGCUUAAUAUAUUUCUGUUUUCAGUUAAUUCUUUAGCCUUUCUUGACUCCGUGAUUCUUCCAUUCCUUGAGGA